UCUCACUCUUGUAGCCCUUUUUGAAUGGGUACUCCACAUACUGCCCUUUCUUCCCCAAAGCUGAAGGUUUUAUUUAAAAUAAAGCUGUUUAUUUAGCAUUUCUAGAAGACCCUUUUUUGAGGAUCCACAGCAAUGAAUGGCUUUGGAGCUGUGCUUCUAAGAAACCAGUGUAUUCUCCUGGUGCUAUUUCUCUUGCAAAUUCAGAUUCUGGGUCUAGACAUCGAUAGUCGCCCUACUGCAGAAGUCUGUGCCACGCACACAAUUUCACCAGGACCAAAAGGAGAUGAUGGUGAAAAAGGAGAUCCUGGAGAAGAGGGAAAGUAUGGCAAAAUGGGGCGCAGGGGGCCCAAAGGAAUUAAAGGUGAACUGGGUGAUAUAGGAGCCCAGGGUAAUAUCGGCAAGACUGGGCCGAUUGGCAAGAAGGGUGAGAAAGGGGAAAAAGGGUUGCUUGGGAUUCCCGGAGGAAAAGGCAAGGCAGGUACUGUGUGUGACUGUGGAAGAUACCGGAAAGUUGUUGGACAACUGGACAUUAGUGUUGCUCGGCUCAAGACGUCUAUGAAGUUCGUCAAGAAUGUCAUAGCAGGGAUUAGAGAAACUGAAGAGAAAUUCUAUUACAUCGUGCAGGAGGAGAAGAACUACAGAGAGUCAGUGACUCACUGCAGGAUCCGGGGAGGAAUGCUAGCGAUGCCCAAAGAUGAAGCUGCCAACACACUUAUUGCUGACUACGUCGCCAAGAGUGGCUUCUUCCGGGUGUUCAUUGGGGUGAAUGAUCUUGAAAGGGAGGGGCAGUACGUGUUCACAGACAAUACUCCACUGCAGAACUACAGCAACUGGAAGGAGGGGGAGCCCAGUGACCCCUAUGGUCAUGAGGACUGUGUGGAAAUGUUGAGCUCAGGCAGGUGGAAUGACACAGAGUGCCACCUCACCAUGUACUUUGUCUGUGAGUUUGUCAAGAAGAAAAAGUGACUUCCACUAUGCCACACAUUUGUUACUUCCCUGUGACUAUCACUACAGUUAUUUUCACCCAUGUUUAUCUUCCUAACUACACUAAAGUCAUUCUGACUCAAAACAAAAGGAAAUGCUAAACUGAGUUUUGGAAUCUGCAUCACUAUUCUUCUGUGACAGUUUUGAUGUUUUCAUGUAUGGCUUCUCAUUGACACAACAGUUCACCAGGAUACAGGGGACCCAAGAGCAUAUGAAUUACUAGUCAUGUAGGAAGUGUUUGUCUACAACUCAAAUGAUGUAUUCUCUUGGCAUUGGCUCUGCCAUCUCUCCCUGGGGCCCUAUCCUCUGUGGAUAAUUGCACAGUUGGCUGAUGAUGAUUAGUCUAAUUCGCCUUUACUGAAAGCCAAACAUAUAGGAAGGCCUUCUCUAAUGUCAAAAUAUCACCUAUCUUUGAACCCCACAUCCCUAAUUCUUUGGGCAGUCAUGCACCAUGGCCAAGUCAUCCUUGAAAGUUCCCGUUAUUUAUAGAGACACAGAAACACCCUGAAUCUCUAUGUGAGGAUCUUCCAGCUUAGUGACCUAUUCCAGACAAUGUGGAAGCCUAGACACUCAUUUUGUACUUCUGAUCUAUAACAUUUAAAGUACACUAAGCAAGUACUUCUGACACCCUUCUGUAGGUGUACACUAUUGUCUCAGGCCCUAAGAUAUUGAUCAUCCAAUUAACAGAAAAUGAGACCCCAGAAAUCUAAAAGAAAAGAUAGGGUUAUUCUCCAAAAAAAAAUGUUUUAUAGUACUGUUAAAUCGCCCCUAGCUAUUAACAUGACCUCAUUUUUCUUUGUCAUAGACUUAUCCAUAUCAGCUUUUAAGCUAAUACCCUUAAGCAUGGAGUAUCGGGGAAGGGGUUUGUAAUUCCUUCAGAAAACUCUAGAAACUUUAAAGUGUCUCAGACAUCCAGCCUCAAAGUGUAAUACACCCUUGCCUCUAAUAUAUCACCCAUAUUAACAUUUCAUGGGAAGCCUUUCAGUCUCCAGAAAUCCAUAUUUUAAAAACUCAGAACUAGAGAUGUCAUUUCUAAUACUCAGACAUCUCAGGAAUGUGCCAAGUGUGUAUUCAGAACAUGCCUAAAACUCUCAUAUUUACUAAUCUGAUAACAUUACCCCUUGAACUAUAGAUCAAACCUCAAAGUGCUUUCACUUGGAAUUUAAAAAUAAACAGUUCAACAAAACUGAUGCUUCAGUUAUGGUUUGUGACAUAUGAUUAGAUAGUUUAAAAUGCUGGCAAAAUUGUUAAUGAAAUAACAGAAACAGAUCAACAACAUAUGUUCACCUUAAACCAUCUGUCCAUGAUUUCACUCAUGACUAGCUGAUUAUGAGAUGGGAUUUAACUGGGUUAUUUCUGUGGGGCCACAGAAUAAGAAGGGCCACAAACUCAGAUCCUACAGGAACCAGUCCAAUGACACAAAUGAAUGAGGUGGAAAUGUGUGGCGCACUGAUCACAGCUUGCCCUUCUAAAGCAGUUCACUGCUCCCCAGUCACUGCUAUAGUUGUCAUAGAGGAGCUAAGUGUUGCUACAUAUCUUGAUACUUCAACAGAAGUCAGAAUGCUGGAACUUCAUUAUGUCUUCAUAUUUUUAAAGGUUGGCAACUAAUCAAUGUUUAGCCAAGAUUUUAAGUCAUACAGAAUCUGCUAGCCAAAAUUGUGAUCUUUCCAUUUCUCACUUCUGGGGAAAAGUUCUGAAGGUUCUACCUAACUGUAAAGAACAUAAUUAGAAUAUGAUGACAUCAAAGUCAAAGUCUUCCAUAAAUGCUUAUUCAAUUCAGCUCAAUACAGGAAUCUGUUAAAUUGUGUGACAUUUAUCAGGUUUUAAAACUAAUUCUGUAGUUUCUUUGGAAAUACAGCAGAGGAUAUUGUGACGGCAAGGCAGUUUUAAUACAAAUUACACAGUAGUCUACCAUGUGAGGACAAUAUCCUCUGGUAUAAGAUCAUCCAAGAUCACAAGGAAUGAGAACACAUAAGGAACACUUGGAGGUUUUUUUAAAGGGAGACAAUAAGAGAGAAGGAUGACGACAACAGAGAAUAUUGCCUAGAGGAAACGCCCAUUGGGACCCAUGAUUUUUUUCAAAGCCCCCCAAUUUGUGCAUCCUUAUUGUUUGCAUUACAAAUGUUAUUAUUGGCCGGCGCUGCGGCUCACUUGCCUAAUCCUCCGCCUGCGGCGCCGGGCACCCUGGGUUCUAGUCCCGGUUGGGGCGCCGGAUUCUGUCCCGGUUGCCCCUCUUCCAGUCAAGCUCUCUGCUGUGGCCCAGGAGUGCAGUGGAGGAUGGCCCUGCACCCGCAUGGGAGACUAGGAGAAGCACCUGGCUCCUGGCUUCGGAUCAGUGCAGUGCACCGGCCGCAGAGCGCCAGCCACAGCGACCAUUUGGGGGUGAACCAACAGAAAAGGAAGACCUUUCUCUCUCUCUCUCUCUCUCUCUCUCUCUCUCUCUCACUGUCCACUCUUAAAAAAAGUUAUUAUUUUAUUAUGAAUAUUAUAAUAACAACAAUUCUCUCAACAACUCAUCUUUUCUGCCAGUGCUCCCAAGAGAAGAUGAAUUUUUAAGAAUAGUUAUCUGCAAACGUGCCUCGAAGAGAUUUUGAAAGCACCAACCAAUUAGAAUUGCAGUUGCAGUGAAAACAACAUUUGUGAAGUACUUUGUGAUUUAUAAAAUGCCUUUGUGUAGUUCUCAUUUUAGCCUUACAAACUGAGAAGUUAGACGGCAUUUUUUACUGCCAUUUGCCCAAAAAGGCUACUAAGGCCCAAACAAUCUAAGUAAUUUACCAAAAUCGACUUGUUUGCCAGUUGAGUGUUCUCUCCAGCACCUGUCCAUUGCUCUUAUAUUGAAUUGAAAUGCACACAAUGCCCUUGUGAAUAGCAAGGGCUUACAUUCUCUCUCUCUCAAUUCUAAGCAAAAAAUGAGGGUUAAAUAUAAUAAAGAUAGUGGGGAUUCUGAAACUUACUUUAGAAAGUCUGUGUGUUCACUGGUUUAUUUUUUCAGUCACAAAUCUACAUAAUGACAUAAGUGUCAUGAAAGUGAUUUAGAUCAACCUCAGUACAAUAUGCAUAUAAUUGAAAUCAAUCAGAUAUAUAAAAAUCAAGACUUACUCAAAAGAGAACUGAGUGGAUGUCCCACUGGAGAAAUUCAUUAAAUAAUUGACAUUUAAACCAUUUUCAUUCUCAAAAUGUUAAAUUUAAGCUAAAUUUUUCAGGGGUAUGUUCCUUACAAGAAAGAACUAUAGAUGUUCCAAGGGAAGAAAAUGAAAAACUUGUUCACAAUUUCACAACACUGCCUUUUCAAACUAUUCUUUUCAACACAUUCUUUAACAAGGCAAGAAGAAAUACUUUAUGUCUACAGUCAUUGUCCAAACACAGUAGAAAAGUGUAUGUACAUGGUGGGUGGAGAAAAGUAUAAUUGUGUUUAUUGAACUUUGUACAGCUCACACAUAAAAACUGCUGGAAUUUUAAAAAAUCUAUUUUGUUCUUCUUAUAUCUAUGUUGCCUGAUAUGGGUUGUUGUGAUUGUCAUUAACCAACAAAUUUUCAGCUCUCUGGAUUACAUGCUUUGAGGCAUGAGAUAUCUGUAGAAUAGGAAAAGUAAGUAAAUUAAUCAGCAUCACUCAGAGCAUCAUCAACAGACUGGAGUUUUGCAGGUGUUAUUGCUGAUAAGAAAAUGACAGUGUGAUUCCACAUAGAGUAACACCAUUUGCCAGCACUGCUUAGGAAUUCAAAAUCCAUUCCUAGUGUCCUGACUGCCUGAUUGCCAGUGUCACUGAACCAUUGACUUGUGCCACACAGAGGAAUAUUUUAAGUGCUCUAAGCCUUUUUUCCUUAAUCUCUAGACAUCAGUUCCACAAGAGAGUUGUAACAAUUAAAGGAAGUAAUUUAAUGAGGUAUUGAGCACAAUGCCAGCUGAACAUGUUAUAUGGUUGCAAUAAAAGCUAGCCAUUACUACUUGAUACGUGACUUCAAGCUGCAUGUCAAAAAGAAACAAACAUUUUAAGAGAUAUCAAAAAUUACCCAAGUGAAUAUAUAUCACAUGUAUACUACAUACACAUCAGACAUUUAAUAUAUAUACAGCACGACUAUGCAUAUACUAAUUUUUGUGUGUUUAUAUUCUUAUUUAUGGACACAUUUUUUAUCUUCAGGGAAGUGAAUACAUUUGCCAGAAUUCACACUGCUUGUUAGAAUCAGUGCUGAACUUCACAACUGAAUAUGCUAGACUCUAAAAACCAUGUAUACUUUUUCUAGGAUGCAGUCCCCCUGAACCAGGCUUAUGACAUAAAAAUUAACUUUAUAAACUUAGAAGUGAAAUUGCUAACUUGCAUUACAUUGAAGUUGUAUGGCUACCAUGAUAUUGCUAGGUCUUUCAAAAUAUGAUGGGGUAGGGGAAUCUGCCAUGUUCUUUCAAAUAGGAAUUGAAGGAAGGAAACCACGUGUCUUAGAUAAUGUAUGUAAGUAUCUUUUUAUGAAUAUAGAACUUUAUUUUUCUCUCCCCUUAGCAAAUCAUCAUGCUGUCUAUAUUUGAAUUAUUUUAGUACUUUGAUAAGCCUAUUUGAAAGGCUUUUGCUUAUACUAUGAUACUUUGUAAAGUGUGUGAAAAAAAUGGAAUUAAAUGAUAAGUUUAAGUUAGUGAAAAAA